AAUUUGCUUGUCUCAUUAUUUUCACUUCCGUUUUUAACUUUUUUUAACGUUUAACCCUCCAAUCGAGGGUUUUGAAUUCGAUUUCCGAUUUCAUUCUUCUUCACAAUCUCAAAAUUGGUUUACGAAUCGUAAUCAGAACCCUAAUUCUCGAGGUUUGGAUCUAAAAGGUCCCAAUGGCGGAUCACGAGGAGGACCUGCGCACGGCACUACGGAUGAGUAUGCAGAAUUCGCCUCCGGAGCCCAAGCGCAGCAAGCCCAGGGACGGCCCCGCAGGAGCUCCCACCGGGUCGCCUGAGGAGUCGUCGGAAGUGAAGACCCGGAGACUUCAGCGCGAGCUCAUGGCUACUGCAGCCGAGAAGAGAAUGCUGGAUGCCAAAAAGGCCUCGCCUUCACCUAGCUCGGUCUCGGGGUCUGCGGGCUCCUCGGGUUCGGGUUUGGCGGCAAAGGUCGUGAGGAAAGAUAAGGAAUUGAGCUUGGAGGAAGUGAAUUUGGGAAAAGGUUUGAGCGAAGAGGAUGCAAAGCAGUUGUUUUCGAUGGUGUUUGGUGCUGAGGUUACAAAGGGCAUUCUUGCACAGUGGAGUAAUCAGGGUAUAAGGUUUAGCCCUGAUCCAGAAACAUCUAUGGGUCUAGUGCAGCAUGAAGGUGGGCCCUGUGGCGUUUUAGCAGCAAUUCAAGCAUUUGUUCUCAAAUACCUCCUUUUCUGCCCAGCUGAAUUAGGUAAAGUUGUACCAAACAUGGAUCACAAUACGGGUUCAAGGACACUGUCUAAUAGUCCGUGUGUUGCAUCGAAUAAUUUUGCCUCUCUUACUGAAGAUGCAAAAGCAAGAGCACUGAUUAGAAGUAUGGGUGAAAUAUUGUUCUUAUGCGGAAGUAAUAAAAGGGCUGUGAUUGCAACUUUGAGUGUUAUUGGAGAUGACAUUGAGAGGUCUAAAGACAGUCUGGAUGAUGAAGUAAGUGCACUGAAGCUAGUGGAUAAUGCUCUGUUUUCUGAUAGGAAUAAUGUAAUAACAAAAUCACUUGAGGGUCUUUCAAUUGAAUCAGCUGCUGAUUUGCAUAAGGUGCUAAGAGUUAACACAUACACAACACGAGAAAGUGCAUUUAAAAGGCUCCAAGCAGUGAUUCCUGUUUUCCAAAGUCGUAUGGGGGCAUUGCUGUUCCUUAUUUCUGCUUUACUUUCUCGAGGACUGGACUUAGUUCAAGCUGACAGGGAUGAUCCGAGCCUACCUCUUGUCACUGCUCCAUUUGGGCAUGCUUCACAGGAAAUUGUGAACUUGCUGCUCUGUGGGCAAGCAGUCCCCAAUGUUUUCGAUGGAAAGAUGGAUUUAGGUGGUGGCAUGUCUUUAAAGGGUGUAUCCAGAACUGUGGAAGUUGGAUUCCUCACUCUGUUAGAAUCCCUAAAUUUCUGUAAGGUUGGCCAGUAUCUGAAAUGCCCAAAAUGGCCAAUAUGGGUAGUUGGAAGUGAGUCUCAUUAUACAGUCCUUUUUUCCCUUGAUACCACUGUUCAAGAUGAGAAUGAACUGGAAGGAAGGGAAUCACAGAUUCGAAAAGCUUUUGAUGCACAAGAUCAGAGUGGAGGUGGUGGUUUUAUUAGUGUGGAAGGCUUUCAUCAAGUCCUUAAAGAAACUAAUGUUGAACUUCCAACUGAGAAGGUUGACCUCCUUUGCAGCACAGGAUUUAUUGUAUGGAGCGAGUUCUGGCAGGUCAUUUUGGAUUUGGACAAGAGCAUAGGAGGGCUGAAGGAUUCAACUGGGUUGAUGGGUAAGAAGGUGUUUGAUCUCUACCAUUUUAAUGGAAUUGCAAAAUCAGAUCUGAAUGGAAGCCAGGUAAGCUCUGGAGGCGAGACUCCAGUUCAAAGACCUAGGCUCACAAAAUUGAGGGUGUCGGUUCCUCCAAGAUGGACUCCCGAAGAAUAUAUGACAGAUGUGGCGGUGUCCUCUGGUUCUGGUGGUAAUGAAUCUGGAGGGAAAGUCACAGAAAUUGCUAAGCCAGAGCCUUCUCAGCAUGCACCUCUGGUGGACUGCAUAAGAACACGCUGGCCCCGUGCUGUCUGCAAUUGGAUAGGGUACCCGCCUAGUAUAGUCUGAAAUGUUUGCCAAUCUUAUUUGGGUACGGUUUGUUGUACUUUUAUUGUUGGAAGCACGCAGAGCUCAUUAUUUAAGAAAGCUAGAGUGAUGAGCUUGUGUGGUUUGGAGUGCCACCAUUAAGAUAUAGAGAAGGUUUGUCUAAUGUUUGGACAAUGCCGAUGGCGUUCUCUAUGUGCAUGCCGCAGCUUCAACAAUCAAUUCGAUUUUGAUUUGUCAACAUGUUUUCGGAGGGGGAAAAACUGUUGUGAAGUUUAUUGUCAAUCCGAAUUGUAAAAUUAAUUCAUAAUUAUCCUUGUUGGGUAGAGUUAUCAGUUCUUGGGAAGGUCUUCAAUAAACAAACAUCAAGUUUGUCUCGUCGAAAUUGUUGUAAUGAUUCUUCCUGAAUUACUGUUGUUACAGUAGGAAGUUUUCCAUGUCUUGAUAUGUUACAUAUGUAUUCCUUCUCUUGAACCUUAUUCCAAUAUUAAAAGCUAUAUGCUUUUUUUGAUGA